AUGAACCUGGCAUUCCAAAACAAGGUUCUCCUACUUUGGAGCUGGGCGUUGCCCGCUGUCUACGCUGCCUUUCUCCCAUCGGUCGAUGAUGGAGGAAAAGGUGGCAGCUCGGGGGGCGGAGGUGGCGGGUCUUCCUCCUCAUCCAAGAAAAGCACCAUCUCUACGGCAGCCAUCAUCGCCAUUGUCGUCGUCGUCCUUGCUGUGCUCUUCUUCGGCUGGGUUCUUUGGAAAUGCGUCCUCCCACGAGUAUUGGCUAGGAGAAAGGCAACGAAAGAACAGCAAUACCAGGAGCAAGUCUAUGAACACAAACUCGACGACACGACCAUGGCAGCCACCUCGACCACUCCCCAAGUCUUCCAGGCCCCGCACCCUCAGCCUACUUAUCCCCAACCUCCUUAUGGGCAGAACAGCUACGGGCCACCGCCUAGACCUCCUCCCUCUGGCCACCACUAA